GUUCGGUACCGGAACAUCCAACUGUCAUAUCUCAAAAAGCAAAUGUUUGCAUCGGCAUCAUUUUUGUCGUGAAGAUAAUUUACUAAUUUUGCCCUGAAAAGUGAUAUUAAACUAUGGUUCUUGUGUACUGCAUAUUCGAUAAGUGCGGCAAUCAACGGAAAAAGAAUGGCAAGAUAUCCUUCUUCAGUUUUCCAAAGGAGCCGGAACUGUUGCAAAAGUGGAUCGACUUCAUCAACGACCAUAACCCGACUAAGAUGAAUGAGAAACAGCUGGACAGGGAAAAGAUGAAACUUUGCCAUAUGCACUUCGAGAAGAACCAGGUGGUGACCAAGUCGAACAACGACCGGGUGCUGAUACGGAACUCGGUUCCGCGAUGCCCGCCGGGAAUAAUUGAUAAAGCACAUGCUUUUAAAAAAUCCAAAAGCAACAAGAAGUCCAAAAAGGUUAAGGAAACCAAAGGUUCAAACUCACAAACCAAUAAAUCUGAAACAACGGUUAAUACCGAUGCUAAGUCAAAAACCAGCUCAGCUAUAGCAGAUGGUCCACCGCUUUAUCACACCAUCAACGGAUACGUGGUUGACCUGCGGAUUGCGGCUCUGCAGGAAACCUUUCGUCUACCCAAUGGAAAGCUGAUACAAGUGCGACGUCAACCGAAAAAGAGUUCAGGUCCGGAAACAGAACCUCCACACCAUCAACUUCCAACACGGCCGCAACCGCAGUCAAAGUCUCCAACAUCUUCAGCACAACUCCCAAAGCCAAAUGGACCGGCUGUUAGUGGAUCGCCAGUUUUAGAAUUACCGACAGGCCCUGCACGAUCGUUAUCAGUCUUGCCAACACCACUCACCAGCACACACAGCACGAGACCCUCGAAAACCUACACCAAUCGACGAUCAGUCGUUCAACCUGCACGGACACCAGCAGCUCUUCGCGCGAAUGCAUCAUCCGACACGACUAUAGGACCAGUCGUGUAUCCUCCCACGUUAUCUUCCCUGCAAGCCUUGAUGCAUAAGACCCACGAGGAAACUCAGUUCGGCAACCAAAUGAAAGAGUUCGAGAACCGACUGAUCAACAUCGCCGAAAUCUCUUUGCACGUGGUUUCCAAAAUCAACAACUUACUGAACUCGAAUCCGUACAAAAAUGCCGCCGACUCGAGGGACAUCAAGUACCUCUAUCACUCCCUAGGUUACCUUCUCGAGUACGCCGUUGGGCGAUUCAAUGGGGUAGAGCAAAGCUGCGUGAAGGAUAUUCGGAACAUGGGAUAUACCAAUAAAUGCGAUCUAGGUCCACUCAUCGACAAACUUGGCGAAGAAACGCCCACAGAAAAGGAAACUUCAACUGAUAAGCCAACUGAAGAAAGCCCACCAGCUACUAAGCCGACCGAAGACAAGUCGCCAACAGAACCCCUCGUGGAGAAAAGUACACCCAAAGCUGUUGAAGAAAAAGCGCCAGAACCACAGCCGGAAUCUCCGGAGUCAGAGGAGCCGGAUGAAGACGAUGAUUGUGCGAUCAUCGAACCGCGAACGGACAUCAUCGAAGUCGAUUCGGACGACGACAGCGACGACGAUGACAAUGGAAGCGGCGGUCAUCCUGCUGAACCAGCAACGAGUUCUCUGAACCCAAGACAGCUGCGGAUAUGCUCCGAUACGGAAAGUAUCGAUCGUGAUGAAAGCUCGAACCAAUCUGGGCAAUCGGGAAAGGCGGUGCCUCAAAAGGAGUCAUUAAGUAGCAGCAAAGAAAAGCAGGCAAACGUUCAGCAACAAUCAAGUGUUCAGGCAGAAGCACAGACGAUAGAGGAAACGACGGAGAUCGAGGUGGUGAUGAAUGAAGUGGAGGAGACGACGAUCGUGCAUGAUUACUAUUACGAAGCGUACACGGACGACGAUGAAGACGGAGAUGAUGUGCAAGUGCAACAAGCAGACAUUGAAACGAUGGAAGUGGAUGACGAUGAUGACGGCGAUAGCAGUAAUUCGCGGGAGAAACUAGACGGUGAAGAAGAGACGGAAGAACUGAUAGAAAUAAUUGAGGGAGAUAUAGACCUGGAGCUGGAAGAAGGUCAAGAGUAUAAGGUGAUCGAAGUGGUCGAGGGUGAUCUCGAGAAUUGGUGAGAAAAUGUUGUAUAGAACAUUUAGUUUAGUACAUUAGAUCUCUAAGACACAUGUUUUGAAUAUAAGGAAAAAAUGAAAUGAUA